GGAGGGGCCAGAGGGCCCGGGAGACUGGCGCCCGCCCGGGCGCAGCGCGGCAUGUAGCUGCGGGCGCCGGCGCGAGGGUGUCGGCCCGGGGCCCCGCCAUGGCUGGGAAGGACAGCGGGAACCUGAAGACGGUGAGGCUGUGGCGGGACGCCGCCCUGCGCGCCAGGAAGCUGCGGAGCAACCUGCGCCAGCUCACCCUCAGCGCGGCCGGGGGCUGCCCCGGCGCCGGCGCCGAGCUGCUCGACUCCCCCGACGCCCCGCAGCUCGUGCUGCCGGCCAACCUCGGCGACAUUGAGGUGCUGAACCUGGGGAACAACGGCCUGGAGGAGGUGCCCGAUGGGCUGGGCUCGGCGCUGGGCAGCCUGCGCGUCCUGGUCCUGCGCAGGAACCGCUUCGCCCGGCUGCCCCCGGCCGUGGCGGAGCUGGGCCACCACCUCACCGAGCUGGACGUGAGCCACAACCGGCUGAGCGCCCUGGGCGCGGAGGUGGUGAGCGCCCUGCGGGAGCUGCGCAAGCUCAACCUCAGCCACAACCAGCUGCCCGCCCUGCCCGCCCAGCUGGGCGCCCUGGCCCACCUGGAGGAGCUGGAUGUCAGCUUUAACCGGCUGGCGCACCUGCCCGACUCCCUCUCCUCCCUCUUGCGCCUGCGCACCCUCGACGUGGACCACAACCAGCUCACCGCUUUCCCGCGGCAGCUGCUGCAGCUGGCGGCCCUGGAGGAGCUGGACGUGUCCAGCAACCGGCUGCGGGGCCUGCCCGAGGAUAUCAGUGCCCUGCGUGCCCUCAAGAUCCUGUGGCUGAGCGGGGCCGAGCUUGGCACCCUGCCCAGCGGCUUCUGCGAGCUGGCCAGCCUGGAGAGCCUCAUGCUGGACAACAACGGGCUGCAGGCUCUGCCCGCCCAGUUCAGCCGCCUGCAGCGCCUCAAAAUGCUCAACCUCUCCUCCAACCUCUUUGAGGAGUUCCCGGCCGCCUUGCUGCCGCUGGCCGGGCUGGAGGAGCUGUACCUGAGUCGCAACCAGCUCACCUCAGUGCCGUCGCUCAUCUCGGGCCUUAGCCGGCUUCUCACCCUCUGGCUGGAUCACAACCGGAUCCGCUACCUGCCCGACUCCAUCGUGGAGCUGACCGGCCUGGAGGAGCUGGUGCUGCAAGGGAACCAGAUCGCAGUGCUGCCCGACAACUUCGGCCAGCUCUCCAGGGUGGGCCUGUGGAAGAUCAAGGACAACCCGCUGAUCCAGCCCCCCUACGAGGUCUGUAUGAAGGGGAUCCCCUACAUCGCAGCCUACCAGAAGGAGCUGGCUCAUUCCCAGCCGGCCGUGCAGCCGCGCCUCAAGCUGCUCAUGAUGGGCCACAAGGCUGCGGGCAAGACGCUUCUCCGCCAGUGCCUCACUGAGGACAGAGUGGACGCGAGCCAGGGAGGAGGGGACCCGGAAAAGAGCUGCGCGCCUUCGGCUCCUUCUGUGGGCAAAGGCAUCGAGGUGACCAGCUGGACGGCCGACGCCUCGCGGGGGCUGCGGUUCAUCGUGUACGAUUUAGCCGGGGACGAAAGUUACGAGGUGAUCCAGCCCUUCUUCCUCUCCCCGGGAGCCCUUUACGUGCUGGUGGUGAACCUGGCCACGUACGAGCCGCGCCGCUUUCCCAGCACCGUGGGCUCCUUCCUGCACCGGGUGGGGGCCCGGGUGCCGCACGCCGUCGUGUGCAUCGUGGGCACGCACGCGGACCUGUGCGGGGAGCGGGAGCUGGAGGAGAAGUGCCUGGACAUUCACCGCCAGAUCGCCGCGCAGGAGAAGCGCCACGCGGACGGGCUGAGCCGGCUGGCGCGCGCGGUGGACGAGGCGCUGGCCCGGGACUUCGAGCUGCGCUCCGCCAGCCCGCACGCAGCCUACUACGGGGUUUCCGACAAGAACCUCCGGCGGCGCAAGGCGCACUUCCAGUACCUGCUCAACCACCGGCUGCAGAUCCUCUCGCCCGUGUUGCCUGUGAGCUGCAGGGACCCUCGCCAGCUGCGGCGCCUGCGGGACAAACUGCUCUCGGUGGCCGAGCACAGGGAGAUCUUCCCCAAUUUACACAGAGUGCUGCCUCGCUCCUGGCAGGUGCUGGAGGAACUGCACUUCCAGCCGCCGCAGGCGCAGCGGCUGUGGCUGAGCUGGUGGGACUCGGCUCGCCUGGGCCUGCAGGCAGGCCUGACCGAGGACCGGCUGCAGAGCGCCCUGUCCUACCUGCACGAGAGCGGCAAGCUGCUCUACUUUGAGGACAGCCCGGCGCUCAAGGAGCACGUCUUCCACAACCUCACCCGCCUCAUCGACAUCCUCAACGUCUUUUUCCAGAGGGACCCUUCCUUGCUGCUGCAGAAGCUGCUUCUAGGGACCAGCGGCGAGGCCGAGGCCGAGGGGGAGAGCUGCCCGCCGAUGGCGCCGCCCGCGCCGGGCCAGGAGCUGCUCCGGACCACCCAGCUCCAUCAUUACGUGGAGGGCUUUCUGAUCCACGGGCUCCUGCCAGCCCACGUCAUUCGGUUGCUGCUUAAGCCUCAUGUCCAGGCCCAGGAGGACUUGCAGCUGCUGCUGGAGCUGCUGGAGAAGAUGGGACUCUGUUACUGCCUCAACAAACCCAAGGGCAAGCCUUUGAAUGGGUCCACGGCCUGGUACAAGUUCCCAUGCUAUGUGCAGAAUGACGUGCCCCACGCAGAGGCCUGGAUUAACGGGACCAACCUGGCCGGGCAGUCUUUUGUGGCCGAGCAGCUGCAGAUCGAAUACAGUUUCCCCUUUACCUUCCCCCCCGGGUUGUUUGCACGCUACAGCGUCCAGAUCAACAGCCACGUGGUACACAGGUCGGAUGGUAAACUUCAGAUCUUUGCGUAUCGAGGGAAGGUUCCCGUGGUGGUCAGUUACAGACCCGCCAAGGGGGUCUUGCAGCCAGACACCCUGUCCAUUGCCAGCCAUGCGUCUUUACCAAACAUAUGGACGGCGUGGCAAGCCAUAACCCCCUUGGUAGAGGAGCUGAAUGUCCUACUACAGGAAUGGCCUGGACUGCACUACACCGUGCACAUUCUCUGUUCUAAGUGCCUUAAGAGAGGGUCGCCCAAUCCACACGCUUUCCCAGGGGAGUUGCUGAGCCAGCCCAGACCAGAAGGAGUGGCAGAGAUCAUUUGCCCUAAGAACGGCAGCGAGCGAGUGAAUGUUGCCUUGGUUUACCCACCUACACCGACUGUGAUCAGCCCCUGUUCCAAGUCAAAUCAGAGUCUUGUCAUUUAACUGCCUGCCUUUGACCAUGUGUAAAAUAAUGGUGCUGCCAUGUGCUUUAUAAAGAAAACCCAUCGAUGACUGUUAUUUAACUGGAUCUUCCUUAUAAAUUCCACGUUUUCCUAUUUCUCAUUUAAAAAUGUUUCUGUGUUUUAUUUCUCUAUGGGGAGAGACAGAGAAUAAAGAGUAUCUCCAUACUUUCUUGGAAAAUUAAGUGGAAAAGAUAGUGCUUCUUUCCCUUAUGUCAUCAUUUUUACUGUACCCAAUCUGUGACUUUAGGAGCACCAAGUUUUAAGGGAAGAACGUUGGUGAAAAGCACAGAAACCAAUGACUUCUAUGGCUAUGGAAUUUCCGUGGAGAAAAGAGAGCAUCAGAACUCACCUGGACCAUCUUGCGGACCCGGCAAACCCUCCACACGCCCACGCGCGUUCCGUGAACUUGACUAAUAACCGUCCAGGGUGCUUGCAGAGGAGGGAGCGCACCUGGCCUGUAGAUGUGGACGGGGAGGGGCGGGGGAGGAUGGGGGAGACCGUGGAGCAAAUGUUUUACAACCUGAACCUCAGAACUGUGAUCCUCCGAGGAGAGCGCUACUUGAAGAAAAGAAGAAAAAGUCGAAUGGCUUCUCAGGGAUUUUGUUUUCUGUGCACAUAUAAGCCAUAGUUCCGUACAGGUGGCCGUGUUUUGAGCACUCAGAUUUCAGUUCUGUUAAAUGUGAAAGAGGGAUCGACUGACCGUUCAUUGCUGUUCCGUAACUAGUGUAAAAUAUGUAUAUGUUUAUCUUUAUUUUUAUAAUAUGCAAAUACAUUUAAAUUUAUACCGUCUGAAGCUUCUAGCGUUAGUUAACACUGGGUGCAAUGUUCUGCCUGAGGACUGUGCCAAGAUGGGGCUGGUUUCUUAUUUUAGCAAAAGACCUUUUUGUUCAUUCUUUUUUCUGUAGUCCUUCUGAAAUUAAAAAGAAAAAACAACCCAUCGCUCUGCCCGUGGAUUAAGUGCUGGGUCACAGAGGUUGCCGAUAAUCAGCAGGCACCUUAAAUGUGUAUUUCAGGCAGUGUCUCCUCCCCUUCUUUUAAAUAAAGGUCCCUGCCUGUGAGCCUGUUCCUUGGGCAGGCUGGUGGGAUUCCCAUUUUUCUUUGCCCACAUUUCCAGUGGUGCUGGGCAGAUUGUUCCUUGCUCCCAGCUUCCUGAUGAUGUGCUCAUGGAUUCUUCAGGGAAGGAGGAGGAAGGGGUCAUGGAGGCCUGGUGGUAAGAUUCUACAGGGGAGGGGGACAUUGGGGUUCACGAGUCCAUGGAAAAUCUGAGUCUUUCAAUAGCUUAAGAUAAUCAGGAGUCAGUUGUGAAUGGUGCAAAGAGCUUUGCUAAUGAGUCCUUCUCUCUGUCUCUCUAGAGUCUGUGAAAUUUAGCAGAACACUUUGAAAGCCCUUCUCAUCUGGCUGUCAGACCUUGAGAUAGCGAGUUCCCUAACUGGGGAGCAGAGUCCCACAUUGGUUAUUUAUAAAUACAGAGCCUCUGAUUGGACAGUCUGCUGCCAAGAACUAGUAAAACCAUUGUUGUAAAAUCUCCACCAAGUAAAACUUGAAAAGCAAAGCAAAUUGCUCUCUCGUCUACUCCUAAUUGGGGCCAAACAGUAUCUGCUGCAAUAGUAACACAUUCUUUGAAGAAUGUAAAGGACUCUGUUUACAGCUGCCUCCUCUGCCUGUUGAUGGAAAAAGGUGUAAGACAAACUUUCUCACCAGUGUAAGGCACGAAAAGUGAGUCAGCUGGUAUUAUCCUUUUACUUCUUUUAUAAAGUAUUACUCUUGCAAUGCCAGUAUACAGAGGCUCAACAUAUUUUUUAGAAGAAAUAAGCAAGCGGCUCCAUUGUGAAAAAUCUUAAGUCGAUUUUUUGUAGAUUUGGUGCCCCAGGAGUGGACUUCACUAACUCCAUAACCUCCAUGAAACAAGUGUGAUUCGUCAUGAUCGUAACAUCAAAGGGGAUCAGACUAUUUCUGCAUUUUUCAAUACUUGAAUACAACACCUCCAUUUUGAGAUUUCAUUUUCUUUUAGAACACAGUCACGAGAUGACCUGCUUAAUCCUUUGGUCACAGUUCUCGUGUGUGCGUGUGCAUGUGUGCGUGUAAACUGAAUGAUAACAUUUAAUUGCUUUAUGGACCAUUGAAUUGUUGGGCAUAGGAGUUUUGUAAUUGGCACGAGACGGUUCCUGAACUGUCAAAUUAACUCACUUUGACCAGUCUUUUGCAAGGACUCUUAAGGAUGUGACUUCGGGCUAACUCCCCAGGGGACCAUAUUAAGUGGAAAAAAAAAAAGCUCCUUUGGGUGACAUACCCUGCAAAGUGUUUGUUAUCAUUAUAAACAUAAAUGCCCACAUUCUUAUAAUAUCUGCUAUUUUUUGACAAGUGAUGUUUUGUGCUGUCAUCUGAACCCUAGAGAAGCAGUGAAAGAAGAAAUCUUGGCAUCCCAUGUGUUUCAGCAAAAAGGUCAUCAUGAUUGAGGGUCAUGUGACCAAAAGAAGUUCCAGAAAAGCUCUUGAGAACUUGCUUCAGGGUGGGGGGAGGGUUGGAGGUACAGAAAACACUCUGCUCUACUGGAAUUUUCAGUGUCUGCGCAGGAAAUUCCGUUUGCUCUUUCCGUACCUGGGAAGGCUCGGUGCGCCGCAGCGGACGGGCAAUUCAUGAAGCACAAGAGGGCGGCUUUUCAGACCACGUAGUCCCUUGCCUGGCAAACAAAUGCCCUUCAAGUUUGUUAGGGUUUCUAUUCUUGCAACCUGUGGUAUCACAACCACUUCCUGGAAUUGUAAAAGUGCUGCCAGAAUAAAUGUUUUGCCCCCUUCCAAGAAAAAAAAUGACAGUGCUCAUAUUUGACGUUUGCGCAUUGGACUCUUUUGAAUGAAUAAAAAGGAAAGGGUUUGGUAUAACUCCUGGUGGGGCAUGUGUUCUUUUUCAUGCCACAGUUUGUAAAUUGUCAUUGUGGUUCCCCAUUGAAUUGUGACUGGGCAGAAAUUUAAAAAAAAUUCAAAAAGUUCAAUAAAAAUACAAAGAAAUGGUUAAGCAAUUA